CCCGGCUGCCCCGCCUGCGCUCCCGUGCCCCCGGAGGGGCGUCCGCCAGGGGCGAGGGCGGCGGCGGGGACCCCCCGGGACCAAGCUCUGAGCGCCCGGGGCAGCCAGCGAGCAAGUUGCGGUGGAAGAUGAACAACGCCGAAAUCACAAAGCCACCACUAGCACCGAAGCCAAAGAUUAGCAGUCAUUUUUCUCCAGUAGCUGUCUCCAAAUUUUCCCCUUUGCUGCCAAGGGCUGAUAGUCUUCAUAACUCAAACUCUAUGUCUAGGGGUCCCAAGCCACCUAUUGCUCCGAAGCCAAAAUUCUCAGCUGACACUGAAGGCAAAUCCAGUGUUUAUAGCAACAAUAACUUAAAUAAAUGCUCAAAUGGGAAACUGCUAUACCUUGAUGGAGAGCUGUAUGAAGGAAACCAAUGCAAUGCUGAUUGCCCAGAAUCUGAAGCAGACAAUGAAUACAUUGUAGUUCCUGAAGCUCACCUGACCAGCAAAGACUGUAAUGACUUGCAACAGGAACAUGAUCAGGACUUAGAAUUCUCUGCGGAAAAUGAAGUCUUGAAAACUCCAAAAGAGGUGGAGAAGGAAGAGAGUAACAUCGCUAAUGAUAAGGAUACCAGUAAUCAUGAAGUCACUGAAGAUGAGCACUGUAACUCUUCAGCUAUUGCUGAACCAAUGGAACCAGACUCUGAAGAGUCGACCAGAGAUUGUGAUCGAUUUGGAGCACUUUGUGAGGAGUCCUCAGAUGCCCCUGAUAGGGAUAAUGAUUCUUCCAAUGUAGAUGAAGAUAAGGAUGUUGUAAGCAAUUGCAGUGAAACCAAAACCAAGGAGGAAACUUCUGUCAACCUGGAACUGGUUAAAGACAAUAGUUAUUGUAAGAUUAAGAGCGACAACAUUUUGCAUAGAGCUGAGGAACUGUUGGGUGCUGUAAUGCCACUGCCUGCAGAUGCAUUAGUCUCAGGCUGUGAGAAGACAGGGCAGGAGGAGGAGACUCCUGAGAUUUUAGAAAAGGGAGAUGGUUUUGUAGCACACGAGGGUGAUCACAGUGUGCACGCAGAGCUUGAUCUGAGUAUGGAAGGAGAGUUAGAAAAUUAUGCCUGUGCAAGCCCUGACCUCUUGCCUGAUGAGGCCAGUGAAGAAACAGCUCCUGGUUUAGAACUGUGUGAAGAUGAACCCAGUAAUGAAAAUGGUUUAGGAGAGUCCAUCCAUCAAGGAGCAGCUGAGGAGAAGGAAGCAGACCCAGAUGAGCACAGUAAUACAGACACAGGAAAUGCCAGUGACAGCUGCCAGAUCAUUGGGAGGAGAGGUGAGAAGAUAUCAGAGGUAGUCUGUGAAGCAAGCAAAGACUCUGAGGAAGGAGAAGAAACUGUGAAUGCAAACGAUAUGGAUGAUGGCCAUCAGACUCAUCCUUGUGAAAACGAGUGUAGUGAGGAAAUGGCCAUGGAACAUUCAAAUGAGAAUCUUCAAACAGAAUGGGCAUCUCCAGAUGAAGAUGUUGUGAUUUUGGAUAGUCAACCUAGUAGUCCAGGGAUGGAACCAGGGCUGGAAGAUGUGACUGUUGAAGAGCACAGUGAAAGUAUUGUGGAAGCUUCUAGGCCAGAUGAGCUGCAACAUGAAGACAAUGAGGUGGAAGCAAUCAGCCUCAGCAGAAGUAUCCCAAGUCCAUUUCAACAGGUCCCACCUGAGGAAGAAUCAGAAGCCUGUAAACAUGGCGAAAUGAAUGUAGAAUGUGAGCCUGAACAUAUCUUGCAUGAAAAUCUGUCAGUCCCUGAAGUGGUCAUUGUGCAUGAAGAAUCAGAGGAAAGAGAAAGCAGCAGUGACUCCCUAGAUGACCCUUAUGUUCUUCCUGCAGAAAAUGAAACUGCCCGUGAUGAGCAGUCUGAUGCAGGAGCUGGUCACAGCCAAACGGAUGAGGCAGGCACCAAUGGCGAAAGCAGCUUGCUGUCUGUUGAUCGGAAGAGCAUCGUCACUAGGACACGCUCGCUCUCUGGGAAGAUGCCAGGCUAUGUCCCAGAAACAGUUCCAGAAGAAACUGGACCUGAAACUGAUUUACUAUCUUCCCACAAUGGGUCUGGAACUGAAGAUUUAAGUAAUUACUUAUUUGCAGUGGAAGGAAACCCAGCAGAAGCCCACAGGGCAUUACCCGCCAAGUCAAGACGAUUCAUUUUGUAUCCUCGAUCAUACUCUGUUGAGGGAAGGGAGACACCUGUCUCUGUUCACAGAGAAAGUGACAGCUAUGUCCUGGAUGAUGGAAGAAUAAAAAGGACAGAAGACAAAUUGUCUUUGCCUUGUGUCAAUGGUUCCUCGGGCAGCUUUUCCCAGAGAAAUCUUUCGUCAGGUGGCCUGUCUACUCCAUCCUCAGUUGUUGACAUACCGCCUCCUUUUGAACUUGCCUACAUCACCAAAAAGCCAAUCACUAAAAGUUCCCCUUCACUUUUAAUAGAGAAUGACUCACCUGAUAAGUAUUCCAAGAAAAAGAAAUCUUCCUUUAAGAGGUUCCUCACUCUAAAAUUCAAGAAGAAAACUGAAAACAAAGUCCAUGUAGAUGUUAAUGUUUCCUCUUCAAGGUCCUCAUCAGAAUCUAGCUACCAUGGGCCUCCAAGGCUGAUGGAACUGGACAGGAGGAGUCUAAGUAGCUCACCUCAAUUAAAAUCGCAUGUGGGGAAGCUCCGUGCAUCUGAGUCUCCCUCAGCUGUUCUCUUCUAUAAGGAUGGCAAAAGAAAAGGAACAUCCAAGCCCUUCAGCAGGAGUGUGUCAAGGGUAGAGUCCUUCGAGGACCGGUCCAGGCCUCCUUUCAUGCCACUCCCAUUAACCAAACCCAGGUCCAUUUCUUUUCCCAACGCCGACACAUCUGACUAUGAGAACAUUCCUGCUAUGAGCUCUGACUAUGAGAACAUACAAAUUCCUCCUCGGAGAGCCACCAGAGCUGGAACUUUCACUGAGUUUUUUGAAGACCCCAGCAGGGCACUGUCUGCUGCUAAUGAGAAUGAUGGCUAUGUGGAUAUGAGCAGCUUCACUGGCUUUGAGAACAAGCAGCAAACCACAGACCAGGAAACAGAAAGUGCCUACACCGAGCCCUACAAGGUAUGCCCAGUCUCUGUGAUACCAAUGGAGGUUGUGACAUCAGAUGAGGAACAAAAGAGUUCAGAAGAUGAUGAGAGCAGCCCAGGUGAUGCCAGUCUCGUCAACCAGAAAGAAGGCCAGUCCAGAGCUUACCUCAUUGCCCAGGAGCUGAUGUCUUCAGAAAAAGUAUACGUGGAGAUGCUGCAGCUGUUACAUAGGGAUUUCUAUGAAAAUAUGUUGAAAGUCCUUGGAGAAGAAGAUGAAAAUGAACAAGAAGUUAAACUCAAGCAGGGCUUAAGCAAACUCCCUGAAAUUUAUGAAUUGCACCAAGACAUCCUGGGGGAACUUGAAGAAAGAGUGCUUAAAUGGGAGGAACACCAGAAAGUUGCUGAUGUUUUUCUCUCCAGAAAAUCGAGACUGGAUCACCACACAGCAUAUAUUUUGCAGUUUGAUAGGAAUUUGGCUUUGCUAGAUGAAUCCUGCCUUAAAUAUUCCCAGCUGGCUGCCAUCAUACAGGCGUUUGAGGAGAGCCCUGGUGGCAGUCCUAGAAGCGUGAAACACCAGCUGUUGAAAGUGGUGCAGCGUGUCUUCCAGUAUCGUGUGCUGCUCACAGACUACUUGAAUAACCUUUGCCCUGAUUCUACGGAGUAUGAAGCCACACAAGAUGCCUUGUUCAUCAUUUCUGAAAUCACAGAUCGAGCCAAUGACAGCAUGCUCCAAGCGGAAAACCUGCAGAAGCUGGUACACAUUGAACACAGUGUGAGAGGGCAAGGUGGCCUCCUCCAGCCAGGAAGGAUCUUUGUUAAAGAGGGAACACUGAUGAAAGUCUCUGGCAAAACCAGACACCCUCGGCAUCUGUUCCUGAUGAAUGAUGUUCUGUUGUACACCUAUCCCCAGAAGGAUGGCAAAUACCGACUGAAAAACACCUUGGCUGUGUCAGGCAUGAAGGUUAGCCGCCCAGUGACAGAAAAAGCCCAGAAUGUCCUGAAGAUUGAACAUGAUGAAUAUUGCCUGAUCCUGUCAGCAAGCUCUUGCUCGGAAAGGGAUGACUGGUACAGCUGCAUCAGCAGGCACAUCCCAGACGACCACAAAGCUCACAACACUUCCACUUUCCACAGCAGCGUGGAGCUAAGGGAAAGGCUUGCAAUACCUCUGGGUGAGAGGCCUCCUGCUUUGGUACCUGUGUCCCAUGUCAUGAUGUGCAUGAACUGUGGCUGUGACUUUACCCUCACUCUGAGGCGACAUCAUUGCCAUGCCUGUGGGAAGAUUGUAUGUCGAAACUGUUCCAGGAACAAGUACCCUAUGAAGUACCUCAAAGAUCAAGCAGCCAAGGUCUGUGACAGCUGCUAUGUGGAACUUAAGAAACGAGAGCGGCCACUGAGUGUGAGCUUCCCUCCAACUUCAUCCAGGUGUUCAAGCAGUGCCUUCUCCUCUGUAUUCCACAAUAUUAAUUAUUCAUCUUUUAAGAAACAGAAGAAGAUUCCUUCAGCUCUUAUGGAGGUGGCAGCCUCAGGAGAGGGAGCUACCAUCAGUGGUUACCUCGGCAGAUGCAAGAGAGGCAAAAGACACUGGAAGAAACGCUGGUUUGUUAUCAAAGGCAAAGUCCUCUACACCUACAUGGCAAACGAGGACAAGGUUGCCACUGAAAGUUUGCCUUUGCUGGGAUUCACUGUUGCUCCAGAAAAGGAGGAAGGCAGUGCAGACACCAUUUUCCAUCUCUACCACAAGCAGACUCUCUUUUACAGCUUCCGAGCAGAGGACAGCAGCUCGGCACAGAGGUGGAUUGACGCCAUGGAGGAAGCGUCAAUAUUAUAGCAGCUGGCACCCAAUGGACUUGACUCAAUUCUCAGCUCUCCAUACACGUCCAGCAGCCCUCUUCUGUCUUACCAAACCCAUCAGUGUAUUUCAGGCAGGGUGGCUACAUACACUGGAUAUAAACUGUCUCCAGAUUGCUCCUUUUUCUUCCCUCUUCAUACACACACAUUUUUGCAAAUGGAAACUUCAAAGUAGAUAAUAUUUAUAAUGAUCUUUAUGUCUGUGCAAGCUCAACCUGUACUAUAAGCUUCUUCUCUGAUCCCACAGUAAACUAAGUCUAACAUCAAGACAAGAGAAUACAGAGAAAAUCUGACUACAGUAACAGGCUCAGUUUUAUUUACUCUAGAGCACUCUCCUAUUUCAGUGGUUUGAUGUCUGCCAUGAAAUAUGAUGUAGUAAAAAACAAAUAGUCAUUUAAAGCACUUUAUUAUUUUUAUUAGACCAUGGCUUUAUCUUCUCAUGUUUCUAAGGAAUUCAGUGGCCGAUUUAUGACUUGCCCAUUAACAAGCACCAGCAGGAAAUUAUCCCCUGUGUUUGCUAAACUGCUCCUACAGAAAAUGAACCAACAGCAUCUCCAGUCUACCUGGGCUACCAAAGCUUCACUGCCAAAGAGUCCAGGAUAAUUACUUACUAUGAAUUCGCAGUUUUACACAGAUCACCACAUAGCAUCAUACCACUGCAGUGCUUUUACAAUGUUCUCUGCUAUCCAGAUGUUGAACUAGGUCACUUAUACCUAACCACUACAUCAGAUGCAACCCAGAGGUUACUUUUAUGGUAAGCCUACAGUCAGUUUUUAAUGAACACUACCUAGCAGUGUUAAGAUUUUUAUCACCUGUUUAAGUAGUCUCUUUCCAAAGGUCCUGCUUCUUCCACCAUUUGUGCUAUAAACAAUGCCAUCAGAAGCUGAACCCAUGCAGGCAGCUCACACUUUGGAACAUGCUGGUGGGCUGCAUGCAGUGGGCCGAACCUGCUCUGCUGCAAUGCUUUGGAGCUCCUGUGCCCAGACUUAACUUACAUCCAACUGCUGUUAUGCACUACAGCUCCAGAGCUGGAUUCUCAGCAGCCAAGCACCUGGAUGGCUUCUUGGAUGCUGUGCUGCUUUCCUCCAGCUGAGGACAGAGAUCUCUAGAGUGUGGGGGUGAUUUUGUUGGGAUUUUUGUUGUUUGGUUGCUCUUUUGGGGCUUGGGUGUUUGUUAAUGAGUUUGGGGGCCUUCUAGGGGGAGAGAGGAGGGGUUUGGUUUUAGUGUCUUGGUUUUUUUUAUAAAGGUUGAAAAGUGGUGUUCUGAUCAUUGCAAUAAAAUUGUUUCAUGUCCUAUAUUUAUCAUAUUUGACCGAGCAAUAGAAUGCCAUUUAUGAUUAAAAUGUAUCUUUGUAUAAAAAUAACAUGUUCAAGAAUUUACUUACUUUCCAAUAUAUUGAAGGGGAGGAUUUUUAUUACUUCCAUUUUCCCUUUCUUUGAGAAGCUUACUGGGCAUCUCAGAGUUUGACCCUAAGAAAUUCCUUAUAAUUACCCACACUGUAGAGGUUUGUAAUAUGUAUCCAAAUGAUACAAGUAGUUCAGCUUACCUCCUGGAAAAACAAACUUGAAAAAAACCACAAAUACACCCCUACCACUAAAUAAAAAUCCAGUUAUUGUGUGGUUUGUUGAUACAUCCGAGUCUGACAGUUCAUCAUAUGAAAACAGAAAUGAAGGAUGAGCAAGCUUUGGUAUUCUUUAGCUAAGGGAUGAAGAUGAAUGCUCUGCCUCAGGCUAGAGCCACUGAUACCAGCACACCGCAAGUGUGCAUCCCGCCCGUAGAAACACUUUGCACUAAUGAAGAGGGGAAAUACUGAAUACAGAGUAAGGCCUAAUCAUGGUCCCAAACAAAACUGCACUAGAGAUUAACAGUAUUAUGAAGACUUAGGUGCUGACAUUUAGUGACUGUUGUAAGAAGUUUUAAGUGGGAAAUUAAUACUUUAUAAUAUUUUGUUGUAAAAAAUAAAACACAGUGCUAUUAAACAUUGUUUUAAUGUGGAAAAAUAAAAGAGCAAAAUGUA